AUGCCGACCGUUUUUAGCAAGAUUGACCCAAAAGAGCCUGAAUUCAGUGGCUCUAAAUCCGAUGCCGGCGAAUUUGCAUUGAGCCCAACUUCGUCGGAUCAGCUGAAGAAGCAUGAGACUGGGCUUUCUCGGUCCUCGACACCCUCAUUUGGAAGAUUUAUUGUGCCCAGAAGCGACAAAGAGCUUGGUUUGAGCAUGAUGAAUGGUCAGGUCCAAUUGGAAGUCUUGAACUGGAGGACUGGGGGUGCCAUAUUCGUCAUGAGCAACCAAGUUGACGGCGCUCCAAAAGGCGGGCUGAAUGUGACAGUCGACGAUUUUAUGAUCAAGAUGGAGUUCCGAAUUCCCAUCGGGUUCCCCGAUGGCAUGGUAGGCUUCAUGGCUGUCUUGCAGCAUGUCUUCUACAAACCAGAGAACCUGGGAAUCGUCGAAAUGAAGAUUGGCUGUGAAGCUGUCAAGCAGGAGGUGAACAAUGCCAAAGAACAACAAUGCCACGUCGGUUGGUGUACCCCCUGGGAAAAUGCUGGCUGCCGAGUGAGCUGGAUGAGGAAGAAGAAUGACUCGAUGAUCACGUACAAGUUUGUCAAUAUCAACAAGGUUGGUGCCGAUGAAGAGAUGAUUAUGACGGUGAAUGAACACCAUACAGUGUUCACAAAGAUCUCCUUCAAUGAUCCGAAUCUAUUUGGCAAAUGGCUGGCAAUGCCAGCACGAAUCUGGCUACGCACGCAAUGGGAGACGCGCAAUGCUGAAAGUGACUGCAAGAUGUUCAACAAGUUGUCCAAGUCCGUCGUAGCUUCCACGCCCGAGAAGGCGGAGUCGAAGCGCAAGAACAAGAAAAAAACCCAGCAGCCCAAGGAGCCAAAGCCCACAGGUACCAUCCCAGAUUCAGUGCCCGUGUCGGAGCGGCCAAAAACUCCCGAUGUUGCAAAGGAGUCUCAAGAAAUGACCAAGAGUGUCCAAUCUCUUACUAUCGACACCAAGAGCAAGAGCAAGAGCAAGAAGAAGAAGAAGAAGAAGAAGAAGAAGAAGAAGAAGAAGAAGAAGAAGAAGAAGAAGAAGAUCAAGCGCAAGUCUGGGGCUGCCGAUACUCAGGAACACGUCAAAGAGCACAACGAGCUCCCCUCCCAGACUGAAGCCGCGCCAGAAGUGCAAACGGACAUCGUAUGUCGAGAUGCCCGGGCUGAGCGGGAGUAUGGGACACCUUUUGAACAAUCAACAGCCCCUGCGUCUUUGUCGCCGAGCACUUCUCCUGUCUUGAGCUCCCCACAACCCACCUCGCCGUUUGGUACGGCCCGCACUCAUUUCUCCCCUCCCGUCUCCCUCCCAUCAAGUACUCCUUGCAGCUUUAUCACUGCUGCCGCUGCCGACAACAGCAACGACGCCGGCGAGGUGGAGGAUGCCACCACGGAGCAAGCCGAGCCAGGGGAAGACACCUCCCUGUGUCUCACUCCGCUGGAGGGGGAGAUGGAGGAUGAGUGUGUGUGGCCUGUGUCAGACUCCCAGGGCUAUCUUUCUGACCCCGAAACGUACGCCGACUGCCGCCGGGAAGUGUUGGAGGCUGAAACUCCCCACCCUGAGUCUAACGAUGCGGUCAGAUUGGGUCUUUUUGAGGGUCUCGAGAAGAUAGCCUCGCCGACUUCCCAACCAUCGCGCGCCCUUCUCCGGCGUACCUCAGACUUGUCCGAGCUUGCGACAGAGGCUGCCUUUGUUCGCCCCGUCCAGCCAACGGACGAAGCUCUGGACGAGUCUAGCCGCACUCGCCAGUCCGCGGUCUCCGACAAACAACAAGACCGAAAGCUGAGAGACCGCCAGCGGCGAAGGAGAAGGGCUGCUGCUCUCCAUCCCCGGAGGGUUCUGGAGUGGUAUGCAAAAAUAUACCCCCAUUUCCCAAUUGAUGGUUGGAAUAGUCCCACUAUGUCCACACCUGAGACUCUCGAGGAAGAGAAAUCUCCCACAGCAAUGCAGUCCGGCAGCGACGAGGCCCUUUUCAUGCAGGCUCACUGGAACCUCUUCCGAGCAACCACCCGCUGCUCCAAGGAUGGUUGUCCGAACCAGUGCAGCCCCAUGGAUGGAACCUCUGUCGUCUGCCCGGGAUGUGGACCAUUCUCCCUGGUCCGCUACUGCGGCAAGCAACACCUGUGGGAGGCUGUCAGCGACCACUGGAUAAGGUGCGGUACCCUUACGCUCCUCCACCCAGUCGCUGUCGAGCAUCUUCCAAAGGAGAUUCUUAUGGGUCCACCCAUGCUUCCCAACAUCCAACGAUGGGACGGGCCUGCUCGCCAUCGGCAGGCCCUGUGGUUCGCCUCGUCAAGAAAUCACGGAGAUUACUUUCUCUUUGACGAGGCAGCCGAACCCAUGGAUGUUGCGGAUCAACCAGCCAGCCACGAGUGGCUUGGAUGUUCAUCGCGGACCAAACUCUCCAUUUGGUUCGCAAGGCCCCAUGAAAAGGACCGCUUCCGCCGGGUCCUGGCGGUUUGCCUUUUCAUGGCGCCUGAACAUCCAGCCCUUGUGGGCUAUCUGUACCGCUUAGCGCGAGACUGGUUGAGGGGCUCCGGCCUCAGUGACAACUACGUGGACAGUGUGCUUGCCUCCCAGCUGUCACUCGAGAUGGGUCUCCCUUCAGACUUUUUCCGUUUCGAGCAGGCUGAGAGGCUGCACGCUUGUGAGACAGAGUGGUUUGGCGACCCAAGCCCCUGCUCGAACCCCCUCUGCAAAUCCGAUCGUCGCCCCGUGUUUCCCUAUGCAGGGAUGAGUGGUUUCAAGGAGCUCUGUGAUAUGCUGGAAGGUAACUUUUGGCUAUUGCGAGCACACCGUACCACUCACCCUGCGGUGGGGAACAUGGUGGAACGGGUCUGUGGUCGGGGUUUUGGGCGGGCCCCUCGGUUGGGGCGGGUUUAUCCCCGCGGCGACGGCUGGGAUGGCGCGGGAACGGGCCCAAUGUGGGUGGAGUUGCCCUGGGGUUUGGACCGGAGAUAG